AUGGAAUCUUCACUGCCAGAAGUUUUAAUGUUCCCAAUCACCUCGUUCCCCUACAUUCUGAAUUCUAAACCUGAAUUGCAAGAAAGUUUUCUGCUGGAUUUUAAUGUAAGACCUGGUUGGAUUGUCUACAAUCCAAACGCAGUGACUGUGUUGUCCCGCAACGAGAUGUUCCAGCCAGUUUACGAGCUAGCUCCUAUUUGGAACGCGGAAAAACAAGUUUUCAAGGUUAAAUGUUUCGACGACCUGGAAGAUUUGAAGGAAAUGCUAGAAAAACCACUAGUGUUUUGUACAACGAGGCGACAAGAAUGCGAAGCCAUGGUCAACGGCUUUGACACAGACUUUGUAAUCGUUUUGGAUCCCAAAGACCCCAAAAUUGCCAAGCAGAUCAACAGGGUUUUCGACCAGGUGAAAAAACGGUUAAGUUCUGGACAAAAGUUUUGUUUAAAAAUAGACUUUGCCGACCUAUGUGAUGAACUUACAAAAACUGAGUUCAAGAACUUGGUUUAUUGGCUGAACUGUGAGUUUUACAUCACUAAUCACUCAACGCCGUGCCAGUUUUUGCAGCUGAAUUCGUGGCAACUGUGGCUCCUUAUGUUUCCAGUUUUCCUGGUGGCGUCUCUUCCGUAUCGUGCUGUAAGGAAAACCUUGAUUCAUGAUGACAAAGUACAUUUGCACUUUCGACUGGUACUGAAAUUUUGUCCAGAAACUGUUCUUGUGCUCCAUUUCUAUUCUGCAAAUUCACGACCCUCACCUGGAAGAUAUCUCACAGAAGAAAAAAAAUACAUCGAAAGAGACUGCAACGCAAGUGAGAUAAGGACACUUGCUUGCUUGACAUCUCCGAGCGACAAGCAGAUCGAAAAGGUUGGCAAAAAUCGCUUUAGUUUCAAGAAAAUCAAGCCGAAGAUUUUAAAUUAA